AUGUCUGGACAGCCCGUCUAUCAAGUACUCAACCCCUCGUACGUCUACUAUCCGGGCAAUCCACCAAUGAUUUGCCCAGUCGCGCCGCCUCUCCAGCAGGUACAGCUGGUACAGCAGGCGCAGCGAGUACAGCCCGUUCUUGUCGCUCAGCCUGUCCAGGCAGCCCACGUGCAGUUCGUCCCCGUGGCAGUCACUCCUACCACUCACUGGGCUCUCCGGCCGCCUGGAGACUAUGGACGUGUCGUGCCGCCACCCCCGGGACGUCCUGGCCAAUGGGUUCAGUUUGCCGACGGACAAAUCGCUUGGGUAGCGCCAAAGCAGUAG